AUGAAGCUUUCUGCUGCCAUUGUUACGCUUUUACUCACCUCGGUAUGCACGGCCACCUUGACGCUUUACACGCACGCAGAGUUAGUCGGUUUGUCCUGCAAAUACUCUCUGGCAAAGACCGCCAAGUUUUGCAAAGAUGAUGCUCUGAAGAGUUACGACUGCUACUGUCGAGACAUCAAUGCUUUGGGCUCUUUCAUGUACUGUGGGUUCUCUCAGUUGCACUCUAGGAAGGAGUACAAACAACUGGGAGCAUUUUACCAGGUCCGUUGUCCGAAUAUUACGAUCGAAAUGAUGAAGGACGCGUAUAAAAACGUCACCAGCUACCUCGUUGAUACAUCCAAGGUGCAAGGCUACAACGCUUCCAAAGUGAUAAACUAUCCGGUCGUCUACAAGAAACCUUCUUUCACGGUGGCAUAUGAUAACUAUUUUGCAAGAUACUCAAAUUACAGAUACGGUGUUUACAUGGGAGCAGGCUUCAUGGGGUACUGGGGUAUUGUCUUGUUGUGCGGUACAGUCGUUAACAUCUUGCGCAAAACCUCGCCCAAUGCGCUUCUUUCUAUCAACAAAGGCGCUUCUAACUCUAAGUUCAUCAGAUGGUACAGGAAGAACAUUUCGAUCCCAGCGCUAUGUCGUAGCUCCCACACCAACCGUGUUUUCCUCUCUGGCUUGCUGCCGACGAGAAUCGAAUCCGUGAUUGUUUUGGUGUUUUUCGUGCUCGCUCUGUUGUGCCAUUCCUUAGGAUACAUGUCCGUCCAGCCCAAUUUCACGUACUCUUCCAGGUCCGAAGAGCUUACACGUUACGUUGGCGACAGAAGUGCCGCGCUUUGCCUCUACCUGAUGGUUUUGACGUUCUUGUUCGGGGGACGCAACCAGAUCUUCUUGUUUUUGACUGGGUGGAAGUUGUCCACUUUCCUGACUUACCACAAAUGGCUUGCCCGCAUGCUGAUGAUGUCAGUUUUAGUGCACACGAUAACCAUGGUGACUACGUCAAUUAUCAGAGGUAUUUAUGACAGAAGAAGCGGGCAGGAAUACUGGAAGUGGGGAAUUCUAGCUGUGGUGGUUGGUUCCACGAUGCUCAUCCAAGGUUUCAGUUGGUUACGUGAGAGGAACUACGAGCUUUUCCUGUAUGUUCACAUCGGUCUAGCCGUUUUGUUUUUGGUGGGAGCAUGGCGCCACAUCGAAGUUUUCGGUUACGAAUAUUUUGCCUACGCGUCUGCUGCUCUGUGGUGCUUCAGUACCUUCAUUAGAUUGGUCAGACUAGCAGGUUUUGGCAUCAAAACAGCUCAGGUUGUCGUUGUUUCAGAUGAGACUUUGCAAAUUACUGUGCAAGCUAAUUCUUGGUGGCCAUUUUUCCCGGGAUCUUUCGGAUACGUGCAUUUCAUAACCAAAUCCGCGUUCUGGCAAUCCCACCCCUUCACAAUUGUGAAAACGGAGGACGGUAAACUCAGGUUCUAUGUGAAGAUUAAGAAUGGUGUGACCAAGCGCUUGCACAAGAAAUUAAUGAAUGCUCCUAAUAAGACAGGUGAGAUUAAGAUAGCAGUAGAAGGUCCAUACGGCGAUAGAAUACCGAUCGAAACCUAUGACCAAGUAUUGCUCUAUACCGGAGGAAACGGUAUUCCAGGACCAUAUGCUUACGCCAAGACACUUUGCGAGGCGAAGAAAAAGGCUAAGACAAAAUUUGUGAAGCUUUAUUGGGUUAUCAGAAACUGGUCAUCCUUGGACUGGUUUUUGACUGAGUUAAAAGCUUUGCAGAAGCAUGACAAGAUCCAAGCGAUCGUCUACGUGACUCGCUACCACGAGGGCAAAGUUGGCGAAAAGUUUACUAUCAGCGAUUCAAGUAGUUCUAACCAUUCUGAGGAUGACAAGGACUCCAAGGCAGAAGUGAAAGAGCAAGUCAUUUCAAUUGAAUGGCUCAGCCGUAUACAGAACGAAUUGCCCCACGUUGAGUUUCGCGAAGGUCGUCCUCCAAUGCCAGAAAUUAUUGCCAACGACGUUGAGGAAGCCAAGGGCCAAAAUAUCGCCAUCAUGUCGUGCGCUCAUAACCACAUGUGUGACGAGAUCAGAGCAAUCGUUGCUAACCAAGUGGGUGACUACAAGAACGGAAGGAUAGAUUUGUUUGAAGAACUACAGACGUGGUAG